AUGGAAGCCAUUAAAUGGAAGGCGUUGAUGUGCUUUUUAAAACGUAAACUGAUGCGAGUAGUGGCGCCAAAAACUUUUGUUUACAAUUUAAUCUCCACAAAAAGAAAAUUAAGUUUUAAUUGCACUAGCGAAGUCGAUGAUAUCUCGAAAAGAUUAAGUAAAAGGCAGACUGCAUUUCUUGUAUGUGGAAGUUGUCAAGUUAAAUGUAGUCACUUGACUUUUAACUUUCACAGAACUUUGUCAAAUAUUAAGUUUUCGUCAUCCAUAAAAAUACUUCAGAAGAAGAAAUCUCAAGGUUAUCUGAAGAUUUUGAAUAUGCGCGGGUGGAAAUCCUUUGAAAUGUUUUCUGUCGAAGAAAUUAAAUGUCGUCCAUUUUUCUUUCUUCUUAAUCCACCUCCAUCGCAGCCCGCAAAACGAUUUACUCUUGCGGAAAUGAUAUUUCAAGAGCCAUCAAAGAUAACUGUAGAAUGA